AUGCUGCUAGAGAGACGGCACCAAAUGAAGCACUUACAGCCUUGCACAUCUGUUUAUUUGAGAAUUGUACCACUUUCUGAUGAAGCACUGGCGAAGAGUACAGAACUAGUCAGAGCGUCUUGGGGAAGGUUGUUACACGAGAGUGUUAGACCAAGCUUCCUCAAUCUUAUAACAACUCUUGCUGAGACAAAGUGGGUUUCCCUUCGGACCAUCAUCAAGGAAAAAUCUGAGAUUUCUAUCGGAGACUUUCCCAUGUUAUGUGCUGCUGUUUACGACAAAUCGUCUUAUGAGGAGUUACUUGAGACCAUAUUUUCUACUUUGUCCCAGAAUCCUAUUCCUGGAAUGUUUACUUGUGUAUUGGAUAUGGCGAAGCGGUUAGCCACGAAGAGUCCAGAAACUGUUCCUCAUCUUGUGGAGCAAUUUAUUGUUCUGGCAUCGAAGAUCAAGGAUCCUUUUCCCGAAGUGGUAGCCUCUUACGGGGAAACACUGCAGGCUAUGGGCUUACUUCUAGAGAAGGAUACCCGUCAUCGAUUUGCUGAGAAAGUAGUAGAUAUGGGACAAUUGUUGGAGAUGUUUUGCCUGCUUGUGAUUCAGUCGCAGGAUAUAGAUCUUAUGGAAAGAUGUAUGAAAAUGCUUUCUUCAAACGAGCACUACUCAUAUUUGUUGUUCACUGGUAUAGCAAAUCAUAUUGAAGAUUUGCAGAGAUUGCAGACUUUGAAGAAGGACGUAAAAUCCGUGGAUGUGGAUUGUGCCAUAGCAAAAGGUUUGCUACUUCUUGGAAAGAAAGAAGGUGUUGAAAUGGUUAAGGGGGUAAGUUUUCUUCAGAUUGCACAUAUACAUAGCAACCUUAUCAAUAAUGGUUCUCAAAACAGUUUUUGCUACUUUACUUUUGCCAUCAGAGAAUAAUC